ACUAUUGUGCGUUGGGCUUUAAAGUUGACCAGAAAAAGCAAACGUUGGGAGUGUUUUUUUGUUUUGUUGUUAAUAAAUUUAUAAUAAUAAUUUUGUAAAUCAUCAAAAUGUCAUUAUUAGAUAAGAGGAAAGGAGAUGAUAUUCUCGCCCUGGUGCCAGCAUCGAAGAAAACAAAGACUGAAGUUGUUUUUAGCAGCAGGGAAAAAGCGGUUAUUCAAAGUGGCCCACCUAGAACAUCAAGUUUAACUGCACCAAUUAUGAUCCUUGAGGGUCAUCAGGGUGAUGUUUUUUCUCUUGAAUUUCAUCCUGAAGGACAAUAUCUUGCUUCGACAGGAUUUGAUCGACAAAUUUAUAUCUGGAAUGUCUAUGGUGAUUGUGAAAAUGUAUCGGCAAUGUCGGGACACAGUGGUGCUGUAAUGGAAAUUCAUUUUAGUCCCGAUGGUAGCCAUUUGUAUACAGCGAGUACAGACAUGACAUUAGGAUUAUGGGAUUUUGCUCUAGGAACGAGAAUAAAAAAGCUCAAGGGACACACAUCAUUUGUGAAUUCAGUUUCAGGUGCUCGUCGAGGACUCACUCAAUUAUGUUCUGGCAGUGAUGAUAGUACAAUAAGAAUUUGGGAUCCACGAAAAAGAGGACAAUGUUUUACAUUAAAUAACACUUAUCAAGUGACGGCGGUGACUUUUAAUGAUACAGCCGAACAAGUUAUUAGCGGUGGAAUUGAUAAUGACAUUAAAGUUUGGGAUUUAAGGAAGAAUGCAGUUCUUUAUAAAAUGAAAGGUCACACGGAUACAAUAACAGGACUCAGUCUAAGUCCCGAUGGCUCUUAUAUUUUAUCGAAUUCCAUGGACAAUUCACUUAGAAUUUGGGAUGUUAGGCCUUUUGCACCUUAUGAACGAUGUGUUAAAAUUCUCAGUGGUCAUCAACAUAAUUUCGAAAAGAAUUUAUUAAGAUGUGCCUGGUCUCCGGAUGGAAGUAAAGUUUCAUCUGGUUCCUCGGACAGAUUUCAGUAUAUUUGGGAUACAACGAGUCGUAGAAUUCUUUAUAAACUCCCAGGUCAUAAUGGAUCAGUGAAUGAUAUUGAUUUCCAUCCCAAAGAACCAAUAGUUUGCUCAGGAUCCAGUGACAAACAAAUUUAUCUCGGCGAAAUAGAAAUUUAAUUAUGUAACAAAAUUAUUGCAUCAAUAAGAUUAAACCUAUUCAUAUAGAGAAUUUAUUUGUAAUUUACAAUAUAUGCAAUGUUUAUUAUUUACAAAAAAAAGUAACAAAUGAAAUGAGAAAAUUAAUUUUAAAUUAUUAUUAACAAUAUUUGUUAAUAUUUUUUUAUUGUAAGUAAUUGUAUUUAUAUAAUAAUUGUAUAAAUAACAUUGUAUCGCAUUAUAAAUAUGUAAGUUUUUUUUUUAUAAAUUAAAGAACAUUUUAUAAAAAAUGAAAA